AUGAAAUUUUGGCUUGUUCUUGCUAUAGUGAUGGGAGUCAUCCAAUGUCAGAAAGCGCUAAGUUCUGCGGCUGGCGGUGACGGCGGCAGUGAUGGAGGUGCUGGUGGUGUCCAAGGUGGCGGAGGGGGUGGUGGAGGCGGAGGAGAUGGCGGCCCCGGUGGUGGUCCUACCUUUGGCCCAGGAGGUGAUGGCGGUAACAUGGACGAUGGCGGUGACAAUGACGAUGACGAUGAUGGCAGCGGCAGUGUGGAUCCAGAUCCUGAAGGGGCUUUCCCUAUUGUGUCGUCUUUAUCUUUAGCGCUAAGUUCUGCGGCUGGCGGUGACGGCGGCAGUGAUGGAGGUGCUGGUGGUGUCCAAGGUGGCGGAGGGGGUGGUGGAGGCGGAGGAGAUGGCGGCCCCGGUGGUGGUCCUACCUUUGGCCCAGGAGGUGAUGGCGGUAACAUGGACGAUGGCGGUGACAAUGACGAUGACGAUGAUGGCAGCGGCAGUGUGGAUCCAGAUCCUGAAGGGUACAUUACUUGUUUUAUGACUGUUCAAAUAUGUUCAAAUUCAACGCGUACCAUUUACGUCUUGUUUUCUUAG